AUGAGUGCAGAUAUCAGGAUCUCCGAGUACGCUCACGACCAUGUGAUACUUGUGCUGGACACGCCUGAUUUCGAGAACCCGCCAGCCUGGUUGAGCGACAACUUCAAUAUUAUUGAGGGAGGCACGCAUGCAGGCGGGUCGUCGCGCAACAAACUCAUCGUCUUCGCCGACGGGACGUACAUCGAGCUGCUGAACUGGAUCUCGGAGCCCAAAGAAUUCUUCGACUGGGCAGGCAAGCCGCCGGGGCUGAUCGACUUUGCACUGACGACGCCACAGUCGGCACAAGAGACGCACGCGGCGGCCACGAAACGACUGGAAUCAUCGCCGUCGCCGUCCGAUGAACAAGGCGCCGACGCCGGUGUUGGUGACGGUGGGCUCGGCGUACGCUUCAAGCAGCCCCUGUUCGGCGGCCGCAGACGCAAAGACGGCCAGCAAGUCGAAUGGUACGUGACCAAGCCGGCAUUCGACAACGAAGCGCCCAACGUGGGCCGCCCGGCCGACCGGUUCUUCCCAACAGGCAGGCUGGACACGCCCUUCUUCUGCCACGACGUGACGGACCGGCUGCUGCGCGUGCCGUACAAGGACCCCUCGAUCUCGACACACCCAUGCGGCGCAAAGGCCAUUCUGUCCGUGCUGGUGCUCGUGCCCGACACCCAGAUCGACAACUACGCGGCCUUGUACGCCGCCGUGACCGGCGCCCGCCCCUCCGUCCACCCGGGACACCGGGACAAACCGACGACGACCCGCGCCAUCUUCCAUCUGAGUGCGCCGGACCCGGAAGCCGACGUCGCAAAGGCGCUUAACUUGACCGGCAGAGUCGGCAUCGAGCUCCGCGGCCCGCGGGAUGGCCGCGACGAGGACUGGUUGAAACGCCGCGGCGUCGGCAUUGCAGAACUGCGGCUCUUGGUGCCCGCUGAAGGCGGGCGCGAGAGUGAGGACAAGGUCGAGGUUGAGGUCGAUACACGUCCUCUGGAUACCGAAGGCAUCGGUGCCAGUGUCGUGCUUGUCGUCGAACCGCCUGCUUUCUUGUCUUGA